UGGGCUUCCGAAGGAAGUCCAUGUCAUAAAUUACAAACAAAAGUAGGCCAGUACUUCAUGUACCACAAAAUGAAUAGGCACCAUCAGUAAUAUGUAGAUUGCUGUAUUAGGUAGGAUCUUACAUGAAGUACUAGCCUUUCAUUGGUCAUGAUUUUUUGUUAGGCUUCAAAUUGCACAGUAAUUCAUGUACUACCCAUGAAUUGGCUCAUAGCUAAUAUCUACAUAGGAUCUUAUGUAGAGUCUUAUAGUUAGGUGUUACAUGAAGUAUUAACCCGUCCUUGAUCGUCUUGACUCGUGGAGAGCGAAGGCAAAAGUUAUUCGAUGGAAAAAAUCAAGCUACGAACGCUGUCCUUACGUACAAACGCACAAGCCAUUCGUGGUAGGCCUACACUAAAAGAUUCUCAGCGUAAUUUUCGGAACGGGCCGGUCAACGAAUCUAUUUUAGCAUGAAUUGAUAGCGUUGAUCUUAUUUAAGCUUACUAGUUCUUACGAGAUAGCAAAUUCAAAUGAGCCAAAUACGACUCAAACCUACAAUGUAACUAGAAAACUACAAUACGUGACACGGCAACUAACUCUAUGAUUGCUGAGAUGAAGAAAUCAAAGGCACCUGAAACCAACUAUCCUAAUAAACGAACGACUAAUUCAACGAAGCCGCCAUUUUAUUCUCGCGAAGGAGUCGACAUUGGUUCGAUUUCUUAAUUCAUUUCUUAUAAGCUUUAUUUGAUGCUGCUCAACUCUGCAGGGAUGGUUGAUGGUUUAUAACAUGGAUCAAGGAAGUAUUCAUCAUUGUAAAUGUCAGAAUGUCAGUCCUCAAGACUCACAAGAUAACAACACCAGUGCUAAAAAGAAUGCGAAUCAACUUAUCAAGGAUUUCAGUUCCUAUACGACUGUCCAUGGGUUACAUUUCAUCAUGGAUUCAGGAGCGUUAUUACGGCGUAUCUUGUGGGGGAUUUUGAUCUGUUUUAGUGUUUGUUUCCUUACUGUGCAAGUAUAUUUCAAUCUUCAGAAACUUUUAUCUCGACAAGUCACUAUUUCAAAGAGUUUGGAGUUCUCAGAGACUCUCCCAUUCCCUGCAGUCACAAUAUGCAAUCAAAAUAUGAUGAGAAAAAGUCAAAUCAUGGGAACAAUUGCACAGGAUUAUUUGGAUCAAAUGGACCCGGUUAAAAUAGCGGAGAUUGGCGUGAAAUCUGUACCUUCUUUUGACGUGGAAAAGACAAUUCAAAGAGCGGGUCAUCAGAUAGAUAGGAUGAUGCAAGAGUGUAGCUUUCCUGGAAUUACUUGUUCAAAGACCGGAGACUUUCCCAUGACCAACACACUAUCAUUCAUGUAUGGACUUUGCUACACGUUCAAUGGAAACACUUCAACCGCUAGUUGGAGGGAAACUAGCGAAGGACAGCGCAAAGGUUUAAAACUUAAACUCAAUGCUGAACCAUACGAGUACUAUGGACCUUUUAGCUACGAUGCCACAGGCUUUAAAGUAGCAGUACACGAACCUGGGACAUUCCACGACAUUGAAAAUAAAGGUUAUGAUGUACCUCCUGGGUUUUACACAAGCAUCAGGAUUAGGCGAGCGAAAUUUAUUUCCGAACCAUAUCCGUAUCCAUCGAAGUGUGCGACGAAAAAGCUACUCAAUUUUGAAGAAUACAACAUACCAUCCUGUCUGGCCGAGUGCAAAUCGAUAAUCAUUGCAGAACAGUGUAAAUGUCGUCAGCUUGGGAUGGUUGCGAAAGGAAUCGGUGUGACGAGAUUCUGCAACAGCACGGAGACUUACAAUUGUGUCAGGAAAGCAUUAAAAGAUAAUAUUAAUGAAAAGUGCGAUUGUCCACCGAAGUGUGAGUCGAUUCAAUACAAUAUCAAGACCUCGAUUGCCUACUAUCCAUCUGAACAUAGUUGGAAAAACUUAAUAAAAACACAAAAUACAACAGGAUAUAACAUGUCUGAUCCUGAGCAGUUGGUAAAAUGGCAAGCACUUGUGAGAAAAACCUACGCUGCAGUCGCAAUUUUUUACGAGAGCACGUCUACAGAUGUGACAGAGGAAAAGCCAAACUACAACUUAAGUGAAUUGGGAACGGACUUUGGUGGCAACAUGGGUCUAUUUCUUGGCUGCAGUUUCUUGACGCUAUGCGAGUUUAUUGAUCUUAUUGUCAUGGUAUGCAUAAACAGAAGACGGAAGAAGCCGACAAAUUCGGUCAGUGAUGGUAACAAGGACAAAAAGUCGAUGAUUAUUGCAGUCAUUAUUUUUGACGCAAGCUUGCCAAGUUGGCGGGAAAAGACGGAAAAUGACAUUAUUGUGUUUGAGUCCCAAUUGAAGAGUAUGGAGGUCAAAAUGCAAAACUACACGAGCUCAGACAAUUUAUGGCAAACGUUUAAGCCUUCCUUCGAGACUAAUGAUAAACCAAAACAAGAAUCAGAAAAAUCAUCAACCAGCAACAAAGAGCAAAAACUUAUCGAGGAUUUCGGUUCUUACACAACACUUCAUGGCUUUCAUUUUAUCUUGGAUUCAGGAUCAAUAUGGAGACGAACUUUGUGGGUGCUUUUGAUCAUUUUGGGUCUUGGACUCCUCAUUGCACAGAUAUAUAUUAGUCUUACUAAACUUUACGCCAACGAGUUUACCGUACGAAAAAGUGUCGAAGUCUCGAAGAGUCUCCCAUUCCCUGCAGUCACAAUAUGCAAUCAAAAUAUGAUGAGAAAAAGUCAAAUCAUGGGAACAAUUGCACAGGACUAUUUGGAUCAACUUGACUCGCUAAAGUUGUCUGUUGGUGGUUUGAAGCAAAAGGAGGUGCCAUCGUUUGACGUCGAGAAGAUGCUCGAAAAGACUGGUCAUCAACUGACGGAAAUGGUUCACUUAUGUGAAUUUACUGGAGAGAAAUGUUCAGCAGUUAACGACUUCACACCUGCGCUGUCAUCUUACUCGUUUGGACUUUGCUACACGUUCAAUGCAAACGGGUCAAGCGAAAUGCUGGUAGGCUCAGGCAAACGACAAGGUUUCACGCUUCAACUCGACACUCAGCCAGAAGAGUAUUAUGGACCGUACAGCUACGAUGCAACAGGAUUUAAGGUAGCAAUACACGAACCUGGGACAUACCACGACAUUGAUAAUGAAGGUUAUGACGUACCUCCUGGGUUUUAUACCAGUAUUAGAAUCAAACGAACCAAGACCAUCUCUCUAAAAGCACCAUACGAAACAAACUGUUCAUCAAUAGAGCUGGAAAACUUUGCCAAAUAUUCCCAGUCAGGCUGCUUCCAUACCUGUAUAUCAAAAAAAUUGGUCGAUGAGUGUAAUUGCCGAGUAUUAAGCAUGGUUGAGAAAGGUAUCAACGUCACAAGAUUUUGCAACACAACUGAGAUCAUCACAUGCAUUUUCCAAGCAUUCAAAAAAUCUCUUCAAGAUAUCAGUCCAGUGACGUGUGGUUGUCCUCAAGAAUGUGAAGCCAUUAAUUACAAUGUUAAAACGUCCAUCGCCUAUUAUCCAUCUGCGCAUCUCUGGGAUACUCUACUUCCGGUAAUGGCACAACUUACUGGGCUGAAUGCUUCUGAUCCUCAACAAAAAGCAAAAAUUCAAACAGAAGCGAGGAAACGCAUCGCUGUAAUGACUGUGUUUUAUGAAAACCUACUUACAGAUGUAACAGAGGAAAAACCUUCCUAUGGGGUCAGCCAACUCGGUUCGGACAUUGGAGGCAACAUGGGUCUGUUUCUUGGCUGCAGUCUCUUGACAAUAUGCGAGUUUAUUGAUCUUAUUAUUAUGGUAUGCUUGUACAGAUGGAAGAAAAAAUCAAUUACAGAUUCUACGCACAAUGGAGGGGCAACGAUCACGUGACGAAGCUAAUUACCAACAGAACUCCAACAGAAGAAUAAGACACAAUUAAUUUGCAACAAUCUAUACGUAUCGUAAUGUACAAUUACUUUUGUUUGUCACUAGUGGAAGUAUAGCACUUUUGUGGUAAAUAAGUGAUUAUUAAUUAUCAGUUAUGAUUGUCCUUCGUAUUGUGGCGCGCGGGAUCCCUGUGGCGCGCAGGGGAUCUUGGGGGCCCGCGAGGGAUGUUUUUGUGAGAGAUCCAAGAUGGCUGUCAGGUUGUUUUGUUAGUUUGAAUAAAAUCCAUGUUGAACAAAGAA